AUGCAUGCCCAGGGAGCGGAGCUCCUGAAGAGACUGGCUUCCGGCUCUGUCGACGCCGACCUCAUGUCCAAGUACACCGCCCUCGCCGCGUCGUACUGCCUCAUCCGCUACGUUGAGAAUUCGACGGGGUUCACCUUCGCGGACGCCAGCCUCCGAGUUCGUACUGAUUCCGGCGGGGACGGGAGCAUGUACAUCGAUCGCUCGACAGCUCAGGAGCUAGAGCUCAUCACGGACGCGCGCUCCGGCGGGCAGAAGAAGAGCCUUUUUGGCGUGAUCAACCACACCAGGACAGCAGUCGGGGCGAGGCUGCUCCGCUCUACCAUCCUCGGCCCCUGCACGGACAUCGCCACCAUCGAGGAGCGGCUUGAUCUCGUGACCUUCUUCCUCACCAUGGAAGGCGUCUUCAACAGCACCCUCAAGAUUCUCGGAGAGUUCACCGAUCUGGAUCGAAUGCUCAGCGACCUCGUCACGGUGCCCAAGAGGGCGUGCGAGAGAGCGAACAGCAGCCGACCGCCUGCCGGGACGCCAGCGGCCGGGAGGGAGAAUAUGACGAGCGCUUCCACAACGGCGACGACGCCACGGGAGAUGCGGCAGGAGACGGAGGCAACAGCAGUGGCGAAGGCGCUGGUGGUAGUGCCAGUAGCCCUCUCCUGAAGGCCCUCCUGGACAACUUCCUCGACCCUUGCCUGGAGAAGACGCUAGCGCGGCUGGACUCGGUCCUGACGGACAGCACCUCGUACACCAGGAACCCGGCGGCGUUGCGCCACGAGGAGUGCUUCGCAGUUCGAGCUGACGUGGAUGGGAUGCUGGACGUCGCGCGAACGACGUUUCUGCAGAGCAUGGAAGACAUCUAUCAGGCGGCAGACGCCAUGACGGAGGAGCACGGCUAUCAAGUCAAGGUGUCGUGCUCGGUUUCCCGGGGAUAUCACCUCAUCAUCCCGGCCGGUGUGGAUCUCCCGCCCGGGCUGAUCCAGGCGGUCCAGAAUACUAAGACCAUAGCUUGCACCACCGAGGAGGUGUCGUCGUUGUCCGACCGUGCGAACGAAGCGGUGCGCACCGCCCUCCUCAUCACGCACGACGUCAUACAAAUGCUGGCGGACGAGAUACGGACCGAGGCCCUCGACGCCCUGUUCGCGGUCACGGAGUCGGUGGCGCUUCUCGACAUGAUCUUUGGCUUCGCCGACCUCGUGACGCUGAGCCCGCUGGCGUUCUGCAGACCAGAGGUGACCGCCGACGGCCCCAUGUCCAUCCGGGGCGGGCGCCACCCCAUCGUCGGAGCCGUGCAGGAAGACUGCAAGAGCGCUAACGUCUCGCUCAGCGCCCCCCCCGGCAAGUCCAUGCGCGUUAUUGUGCGGCACCUCCAUAUCCGGUGCGUGUUUUUCGCGUUUUCGGCGUCGUCGUUUCUGCUGCCGUCUUUCGCUUUUUUCAGCCCCUUUAUCAACUUCCGGGUGGUGACGGGGCCGAACAACAGCGGCAAGUCUACGUACCUCAAGCAAGCAGGGCUGAUAGUGCUGAUGGCGCAGAUGGGCUGCUACGUGCCCGCAGAGAUGGCCGUCAUCCCCGUGCGCACAAGCCUCCUCUCUCGCAUCGGCACGGGCGACGACUUGGAGAACAACGUGUCGACUUUUCUCAUGGAGAUGCGCGAGAUAGCUCAGGUGUUGGAGAGAGUCACAAGCAGGUCGUUGGUGAUGAUCGACGAGCUCGGCCGGGGAACGUCGAACCGAGAGGGUCUGGCGGUGGCUUGGGCGGUGGCAGAGCAGCUGCUCUCUUCGUCUGCUUAUACACUGUUCGUCACGCACUACUCCCAGAUGCCCGGCCUGGCCGACCUCUACCCCAACGUCGAGAACAUUCACCUGCAGACAGCCCUUGCACCGGCAGCGACGGCGACGGGGGCGACCGGGGGGAUGGGCGGGCAUACCGGCGCGUUGCGGUAUCUUCAUAAGGCGCUGGACGGGCGGUGCGACCCCGGCGACGGAUACGGUAUCCGGACGGCGGAGAUGUGCGGUCUCCCUUGGGAGAUCGUGGAGGAGGCGCGGGUCCUGCGAACGCAAGUCAUUGAUGCCACCAAGGCCAAGGAGAUCAAGGGCAGCGCCGGAGCCCUCUCGGAAGCCGAAAAGGACGCCUACGAGCUGCUUAGGACGCUGGUGAGUGCAAGGCAGCCAAGCUGUUGGGCCAAAUGGGUCGGCCCCCACGGUUUUACGUCCUCCUGCUGUGUGUGCCUCGUGUGCAUUGUCUCUUAUGUCUACUGAGCAUCGACCGCGAAUACCGGCGGACAGGAACCAUCCGUAAUCUAUGUUCGUGCAUAAAAAAGCCUCUGGCCCGGUGCGCUGCAUAAUAACUUUAUUGUACCAACAGUUAAAUAACUCCUUGUCAGCCCAGCCUCGUUUGCACGCGUAACUUGCCCCGCCCCCCCCCGCGAGCACGCCCUUGGGUGUUCCCUCUCCACCCGUCGCCACAGGCCACACUCAAGGGCUCUACCAUGGACCCAAUCGCCCUGCGCGAGUUCCUCCACGUGCUGUCCCUUGAGUACGGAAAGGGCCCGAAGGGCGCGAGAAUUCUAGCCUCCCUGCCUCCCUCGACAACCACCCAUGAUACCUUUGCCGGCCGUGCGAAGCCCCCCGGUGAUCCCGAUGAUGACAAUGCCCGUGGUGCCCCAAGCAAGACCGCGUCGUCGAAAGGCGGCGGCGCCGAGACGCUACCCCCGUCGGCAACAGCGGCGGCGUCCACUGCCGGGACACCUGGCGGUGUUGGUGCAGCCGGUGACGGAGGUUCGGCGGAGCACGAACUCAACAACAGCAGCGGCAGCGACAACAGGAACAGCGAUAUGGAUGUCGUCGCCUGACCAACAGCAAAUGACCAUGCGUGCGUCUGACACACGGGCGAGUGGUGUGCAGAGUACAAGGAAUAGCGGAUGACGACGGCGUGGAAGUUGUCGGGGAGGGGGCUCAGUGAUUGGGGCACCCAUGCGUCCACCGCUCAUGUGCCGGGACAGAAGAAGGCGACCACCAGCCCUGUGUGAGCAAUGACCAAAGCCCAAGGCCCUUCCUACAUCCGUCCGGGAUAUUUGUUUUCUUGAGGUCGCCGAGGGUGCUUAUGUAUCAAAGUGUACCUGUGGCGUUUAGAUACUUUUGUCAUGUGAUGUAGUGUUUGUCGUUCUAGUCCUGUUGGUCUGAACCCGAAAUAUCAGUAUCACGAGUUGUUUUGGCCAGGCUGAUCCUGUUUACUUGCCUACAUAUUGUGGUGGUGGUGGUUUUAGCGUUGGAUGUAGACUAUGCUCUUAUUGAGAAAAGCGCCUUCAAUGGAUUGCGUAGAUGGUUCCUCAUUUUCAUUUUGUGGUUUCAGAAGAAGCGGGAAUAGUAGCUGAAAGCCCCUUUACAGAAUAGAUGGCGUGCACUCCUUGUCCGAAAAGCAAAUCUAUCGGGGAAUAGCUCAUGACCGAAGUAAUGCGGGGCCGAGCGCAUGGGCAGAUAGGUCGAGCGCAUGGAUAGAUAGGUCGUCAAUAGCGAACGUUGCGCGGGGACUGAAGAUGUGUAAAGUCGUUUCCAAGAGACAGACAGAUGUCGUGUGUUUUUGGUGCGGCUUUCGUGUUUGAAAGUCUACUGGUACAAGGUCUGUCUGGGCGACAGAAGAUAAAGCGCCAACGUGCAUACAAGGUCACAUAAGGAAGCACGCGUGCGUCGUGUGAUGGUCAACGAUUUUUCGAAACCACCCA